CCACCCGGCGCCCGUAUGCCCCGCCCAGUCGGGGUGGGCCCGCGGCGCCGGCGCGGGGAGGACGAGGAGGCGGUGCCUGGUGGCUGUUGGAGCGCGGCGUCGGGGCCUCCAGACACAAAGACCGGCGGGCGGGACGAAUCGUGCGUUCCCCGCGAGUGCUCUAGCUCCCUUGGCUUGCGCCCCUGUGCCCCGCGCGCGGGGGAGACCGGAGGCGCCACAGCCCAGGUCACCUUUGAGGAACUUAAGGAAGGUCUUGUGGCAGUGUUGUCAUCAAAUGCUGGUGCUGGCCCCUUGGAUGGAGACAGUUCUUUGGAGUCAACUGCCUCUCGUGCUGUCCCACCAAAGUAUGUGAGCGGCUCUAAGUGGUACGGUCGCUGGAGCCGGCCUGAGCCCGAGCCGUGUGGCUCUGCAACAGAAGCCAACUGUUCACCAGAACAGCAGGCCCGGACCACUGGGAGAAGCCAGCUCCGCCGCUCUGCAUCUUUGGAAAGUGUGGAGAGUCUCAAGUCAGACGAAGAAGCCGAAAGUGCUAAAGAGCCUCAGAAUGAGUUGUUUGAAGCACGAGGCCAGCUGCCAGCUUGGGGUUCUGAGGUCUUCGGGUGCCUCCAGAAGCCCUGCAGCCCCUCCUUGGACACCCCUGAGAGCCGGGUCCGGGGCAUCUGGGAAGAGCUGGGCGUUGGCAGUAGUGGCCACCUCAAUGAGCAAGAGCUGGCCGUUGUCUGCCAGAGCAUCGGGCUCCAGGGACUGCAGAAGGAGGAACUGGAGGAUCUGUUUAACAAACUGGAUCAAGAUGGAGACGGCAGAGUGAGUCUUGAGGAAUUCCAGCUUGGCCUGUUCAAUCAUGGACCCACUUCACUUCCAGAAUCUUCCACUCCCGCCAAACCGAGCAUGUCCUGGUCUCAUUACCAGGUCCUGGAGGAGGCUGGCUGCCAGACCGCCACGACGUCGUCCCUGGUGUCUGUGUGCUCAGGCCCGCGUCUCUUGUGCAGCAUUGAUGACGGCACCGGCUUUGCGUUUCCUGAGCAGCUCAUUGCCCUGUGGGCCCAGGAGGGGAUUCGGAACGGCAGGGAGAUCUUGCAGAUUCUUGACUUCAGUGUGGACGAGAAGGUGAAUCUUUUGGAGCUGACCUGGGCCCUUGAGAACGAGCUCAUGAUGGUUGGUGGUGCCACUCAGCAGGCGGCCUUGGCCUGCUACCGCCAGGAGCUGAGCUUCCGCCAGGGGCAAGUGGAGCAGAUGGCAAGGGAGCGAGACAAGGCAAGGCAGGACCUGGAGAAAGCCGAAAAGAGGAACCUGGAGUUUGUGCAAGAGGUGGAUGACUGUCACUCUGCCCUAGAGCAGCUCACGGAGAAGAAGAUCCAACAUCUGGAGCAGGGAUACCGGGAAAGGCUGAGCCUCCUGCGGUCCGAGAUGGAGAGGGAACGUGAGCUGUUCUGGGAGCAGACCUGCAAGCAAAGGGCUGUGCUGGAGAAGGACCUGGAGCGCCUGCGUGCCGAGGAGGCCAGCCUCCGGGAAAAGCUGACCCUGGCCCUGAAGGUGGGUGGGGAGCAGUGUCUCCCCGGGAGGAUAGUGGUCAGGGAGGGUCAGCAGCAGCGGCCAGCUUUGCCACACCCACCCAUUCCCGGAGACCAGAGCAUCUGUGGGCUGGAGCCACAGAGCACAGAGCUCCUGGUCCAGGAGGAGCGGUUCGUGGAGGUCCUAAAGGAGUAUGAACUCAAGUGCCGGGACCUGCAGGACCGCAACGAUGAGCUGCAGGCUUCACUGGAAGGCCUAUGGGCACGACUGCCCCCAAGUUGGCAUGGCCGGCCACAUGCACAGCCAGAGGAACCACUGCUCCCUGGGCACAGGCCAGCAGGCAUCAUCUCAUUUGUUGGUGAUUCCAUUCCUGUGAGUUUAGAAACGGAGAUAAUGUUGGAGCAGGUGAAGGAACACUGCCAAGACCUCAAGAUCCAGCUGGAGACCAAGGUAAAUUCCUACGAAAGGGAAAUGGAGGUGAUGAGAAGGGACUUCACAAAGGAGAGGGAGGAGAUGCAGCAGGCCUUUAGGCUUGAGGUCCAUGUGCUGGAGGGCCAGAGGGCUGACCUGGAGCUGCCGCUCGGGAAGUCUCAGGAGCUCAUCCGAGGUCUGCAGGACCAGCUCCGGCAGGUGGCCCAUGGCACUCCGCCGGAGAGGGCGGGGUUGGGGCAGUGCUGCGUGCAGGCACUGUCAGGCCCGGCCGAGCGGCUGGCCCACGAGCAGGACCCGCCGGAGCAGGAGCGGCACCAGAGGCAUCGGAGCGAGCUGCAGCGAGUCAGGUCAGGGGCUGCAUCCUUUCAGGAUCUUCGUCUAGGGGUUCUUGCCAAGAGCCCAGAUUUGAAAUUGCAUCAGGAAAGAGGCCGAAAUUGUGCUGAACUACGAGCGCUCAAGGAUGGAAGCCCGCAGGCUGCCCACUGUAAGCGCUUAGCGCUGCGGCCUCAACAGAAGGAAGAGCUGCUGCGGAGACCCCCGCUGCAAGCCCACAAGGUGACAGAGCAGCAUGACCAGGAGAAGGAGCGGAGGGAGGGUAGGGGGAAGGGGAUGCCCCUGCACUGGGGAAGUCAGCAGCCGAAGCUGCAGGAGCUGGUAGGCAAGGAACAGGCAGAGUUCUGGAAGUCCCCUGCCCUGGAGGAGGAGAGGCUGGAGCUCGCCUGUAGGAAGCAAGUGGGAAGGCUUGUAGGGGAAACAGACAUGUUGUGGGCCUGUUUGAGGGACAGGCCGGCAGUGGCAGAUCGUGAGCAGGGGGGUUCAGGGGGCCCCAUGCCCCUGUGUGCAGGCAGGAGGGAACAGCCACUGGUCUGGCUGGAACAUGGUGAUGGGCGUGGCUGUGGGCAAGCCAGGUGCAGGGAUGUGCCAGGCCGGCACCUGUGCCGUGUGGGUGCCAGGCAGAGCCCAACCCCAGCCCCUUCCCUGGCCCGCAGAGGGCUCUUGGAGAGCCUCGGCCUCAGAGAGGAUGGUCAGCGUGUGCUUGCUGCCGAAGAGGUGGCUUCUGCUCCCCCCGAGAGGUGGGCACAGGUGCACCCACAUAGGACGGACAGGAGAGCAGUUCUGGAGGAGCCAGCGCCUCCUGCCAGUGGCUCAGCUGGUCUGAGCCAGACUGAAGCCCAGGAGCUGCUCUGGGGACCAGAAGGAGAUGUCUCACCAGCUCAGCCCCGACAUUGGGCAGAGGAGAGACUGAGAGGACCUCGUGCUUACAUCGGGCCCACCUGGAUGAUGCAGGAUGUGCAGCUAGUUGAGUUGGAUAGGCUUUCUGAAGAAAACGUAUUGCUGAGGAAUGAGCUGGGAAGGAUUCAGCAAGAGCUUGAAGCUGCAGAAAGGACAAAUGAUGCUCAGAGGAAGGAAAUCGAGGUUUUAAAGAGAGACAAGGAAAAGACCUGCUGUGAAGUGGAGGAACUCAACAAACAGAGCCAGAAAUGCAAGGAUGAAGUGUCCCAGCUGAAUCACAAGGUCCUUCAGCUAGGAGAGGAGGCCUCUCUCCACCAGGCCCAGACGGAGAAGAACCGCUUCACCAUUCAGCUGUUAACAAGGAGACUGGAGGAGGUGGGCCAGCAGGAGGAGCGGCAGGGUGAGCACAUCCAAAAACUUGAACUCAAACUCGAACACAUGAAUCAGGAACAUCAGAGCCUGAGACUGUCACAGUCACAGCUGACAGAGAGCCUUGAAGAAAGUCAAGACCAGCUGCACAGAGCCAGGCUGGGGCUGAGGCUGGCACGGUCCCAGCACUUGGAGGACGUUCAUGAGCUGCAGGAGCGGAUGCAGUGGCUGGUGCCCGGGGACCGUGUGACCGAGCUGCAGCAGCUGCUGGAAGAGGAACGGCAGGCAGCUCAGCGGCUCCGCGAGGAGUGCCUUCUCCAGGAGGAAAAAGGGAGGCGGCUGGAAACACAGUGGGAAGAACAUGAAAAAGAGCUUAAAGACAUGGAAGAGCAGGUAGAAGAGGUGGGAAUGGUUCUGAAGAACGUGGAAAUGCUCCUACAAGAGAAAGUGGCUGAGCUAAAACAGCAGUUUGAAAAGAACACAAAGUCCGAUUUGCUGCUCAAGGAGCUCUAUGUGGAAAAUGCUCACCUGACGAAGGCACUUCAGGUCACGGAAGAGAAGCUCCAAGGUGCUGAGAAGAAAAACCGCAUCUUGGAAGAAAAAGUUAGAGCUCUCAACAGACUCAUCACUAAGAUCGCUUCAGCUUCCCUCUCGGUGUGAAGGCUGCUUGUUUUCCUGGAAUGCAUUUUGAAAGAACAUCUUUUAAAAUUAAGCCACCGUGGUGCCAUAAUUUUCUAGGGUUCGUUGGCCAUGCACCAGGCAUAGAGGUUUCUGAUUCUUUGUUCACCUCACACAUGUUUAAAAGUGUCCGUUAUGCCAGAUGCUCAGAAAAUAGACGUGCUGGAAAAGAUGACAUUUUUAUUAGUGGUCCUGGGUAAUUUCUUUAGGUAAAAUUCCCAGUUUUGCUACCAAUGGGUGAAACAGAUUAUGGAGGCUUUCGGCGAAGAAAGACUAAAAGGAAAUGGUGAAAUCAAUUUCGAUGUUGUACUUUUGACACUGGCUGCAGAGAGUAAAAUGAAAAAUAAGUGCUCUGGACAGUUUCACCCUUUCACUGUUACUGCUUUGGGUUUAGAUUAUUCGCAUUCUCAAUCUGGGUCUCUACAGAGUUUCUAGAAAGACUACUCGCUGUGGCUGUCAGCCCUGCUCCACCACAGGAAGAUGUUGGGGGAGUGCUUACUGUAGGUCUGCGGACUCAGGGAUGAUAGUAUCUAUUCUGAAUGCAAUCUUUUCCUCAAUGAAAUGUCAUCACACUGGAAAUUGUAUUAUAUGUAAAGAAAAAAAAACACUAUAGUUUUAUAUCCAAAAUUUAUAUAAGUUAUGGUCAUUUGGUUUAUGUGAAUAAACUACUAUGAAGAGUCACUGUAUUUACAAAAACUCUUUCCUAUUAAAAUUGUUUUAACUUCUA